AAGUAGGGACAUUUAUGUACCAGGACACUGUGUUCAUAAACGUUUCUAUCUCCCCUACAGAACUGCACAUGCGAGAGCUAAAGCAGAUGCCGCAGAUCAAGCCGCUCAGUCUGCUCGUCAGGAAUGUGACAUUGCCAGAGCAGUUGCCAGAGAACUUUCUCCAGGUUUCUAUCAACCAGGCCCUGAUUAUAUUAAGCAGCGAUUUCAAGAAGGAGGGGAAAUUAAGGAAAUACCUGAAGAAAAAGCUCAGGAAAAAUCUCCUGCACCAAAAGAAUCUCCUCAUUUCUAUCGAAAGGGCACUACACCUCCUGGGUCUCCAGAAGAAAGCAAAAAGCAUAGCUCAGCCCCUUCGGCUAAGCCUUCUUCUGCAGAACAAGGAAGAAAACAGAAUUCCACCUCAGAAGACAGACUUAUUCAAGAAAAAAAGAAUGUAAUAAGUGAAAACAUUGUACCAGUAAUCCACAAACCUGUUUUUUCUAAAGCGCCUGCUGUGAAAGAGGAAGUGACGGCCAAACACCAUCAAAAGUUGUCACCCCGCAACAAUCCCAAGAGCAAAGAGAAUGGAGAGUUGCACGAUCAUUACCAUGGGUACUAUGUGAAAACUAAUCCAACAAUGUAUCCAUUCGAGCUUGGGCAAGACGAGGACCGUACCAACCCAUCAUCUUCAGCACUUAAACCAGUAGCAUCAGCUCAGAAGCCAAGCCCCACCAGAGCUGGGAUUCAGUUAGAUGCCAAAGAAUCAUUAAAGAAAUUGGAAUCCUCUGCACCAAAGAAUCCGGAUAAUAAUGACUUCUCUUCAGUGGAAAAAGAAAUCAGUUUGGGUCCUAAUUCAAUCAUGAUUGUCCUGGUAAUGCUCUUGAAUAUUGGCUUAGCCAUUCUUUUCAUCCAUUUCCUAACUUGAUUGGAAUUAAGAAAGUGAAGUCAUGACAACUAGUGGCGUAAGUCCACAGUUCUCAGCAGUUGUGACAUCAGCCUUUUUAAUGGCACAAGUCAUGUUCAGACACAGGGAAGGAGGCAUGGAAUUAGGAUGGGACACGAGAGAUGUGGAAACUUGGAAAAUUCAGCCCAAGGGCUUUUGAGGUCCUCUGAAAGCUGAAGCAAGCAGCCAUUGUUGGGGGAAAAAAACAUCAUCGUGCACACCAGCUUUCUGAAGCACUCCAACAAAUAAAGUGUGUUGGUUACUCCAUCUGUUUGAACAGAGAGUGUAACUAAACUGGAAAUGUAUGGAGCUGCACUUUUGUUGAUGGAACUGAACAGCUGCCUUACUAUUUUGCUGUCUGAUGUUUUUGGUGGGGGAGAUGGGAAAGUGACUGCCAGAGGAAUGUGGUCAGAGGAUUCUGUUGCUGUGGAAGAGAUUCCAGUAUUCACUCCUAUCUCAUUAGAAGAAAUAGUUAGCAGCAUCACUCACCAGUCUUAUUCCAUUACCUGCUGCUUUUAAAAUCUCUGCCAUUUUCUGGGAGAUUGUGUUUCAUUUGCUUAUGCAUGAUUUCUGCUCACUUGCUAUUUAUUUAAAGCCUUUGUACAGCGGUACUAUAAUAAUAUUGACCAGCCUGGAAAACUUCACUGGUUUUUAUCCCGUAUUGGAGAAAACAAAAUAAGGCCUGUGCUAUAUGUGCAGUGCAAAUGUUUUCUGGCAAGAUCCAUUUCUACCUAAUUUUUCUUUUAAAAUGUAAGAUAGAAAAGUCAUAUUUUCAGGAUUAGCAGGCAAUACACCAUGAUACUUUAAGCCAUAGUUUAUAUCUUCGUUGUGAUACUGGCAAGUAGAAUUAUUUUAAAUGCUGCAGGGUUCAUCAAGCAGCAUGCUGGAUUAGCAAGGUGGAAUGUUUUGAAAACCAUUUUGUCAGUCACUCAACAACGUGGGACAUUGCCCUGUUGAGUCCAGAUUCUACUAGCAUUAAAGCCACGCCUGAUUAUAUAGUGGAACCUGUUAAUUCAACUUACCAUAAAUAACAAUUUUUUUAAGAUUACACUUCAUGUUGAAUACAUUCAGGUAGAACAUUUAAAUCUGUUAACAAUGACUAUCAGCUUGAUGCCUUUAAUGUUGUUAAACUGAGUCUGUCAUCUUACCUCAGCCACUUAAAACUUAAGCCUCAAACUUUCAUUUGAUUCUUUGUGUUAACUAGAUGUACAGUCCUUUGCUUUGAUGAUGUGAUCCAUGUUUUUCGCUCCCCACUGAAAUAAAUGUAGUAAAGGAGCAUGCUUAUUUACUUAUCACAAAAUUGUACACGGUUGUGAUCAUUUGAAAAGUCAGCAUUUUAAUUAGAAAUUAAAGGUAUAGGGCUUGGGUUUUCUUUUAUUUUUAUCUCUUAGAAAUUAUGCUUUUCAACAGGUAUUUGAUCCUAUUGUAUAUUAUUAUUAUUAUUACUACUACUACUACUACUAUUAUUUGCAUGGUUUAGUAGAGAGGUUUUUCAUAAUUACAUCAGCUAUCACAAAAGGCAGCCUAUUACAACUGAAAUGGAUUUGGAAUAAUUUUGGAGAACCUGGAGCUCUUAGCACAGGAAAAUAAUAUAGUGGCAUUUUUUGCAGAAAUGGGUUGACAGUCCUGUGUUUUGACCAGUAUGGAAUUGAGAAGAAAACAAAAAGGCAGCAAAUGAAACGAUAUGCUUUUUUUAAAGAAGCAAAACAGUUUACUUACAAGUUUAGAAAAAUAAUUCUUAAUUGAGAAUCAGGAUAUUAAAUUUUAACAAGCCUUAUGUAAACAUGCUUAUCUACAAUAGGCCCCAAUUAAGUUGUUGAUUAUACUAAUUUUGUAACACAAUAUUAUAUGUGUAUUUAAAAAUCCAAAAAUUAUGGCUUUUGAAAAUGUUUAUAAAUUAAACAUGUUGUUUCUGUUUAUAAAUAUGAUUUAUAAGCUUUUUUAAGAGUAAAGCUCCAAUAAAAAAUUGUUAGUAUUUUUCUAAAAUGUGCAUUGCUGUAUUUUACAUAAAAGUUUAUUUAUAGUUGGUUGUAAUACUGUACCCUACAUUUUGGACAGCUUAUAACCCUGCCAAUGUAUUUAAAUGACAUGUCACUUUGUCUAUUUAAAAUUUCUUGCUGUGAAUGAACUCUUUUAUCUAAUGAGCUGCUUUAUUUAUAAUUCUGGAAACCAAAAUGGAUAAUGUACAGUUUUCAUAACUGUAUUUGCUCUAAUAAAAAAAAAAAG